CAACGAUCGUAAUGACUAUGUGGAACGUCCAAAAGAGUAUUUCAGGUGCCGUGGGUGCUUAGUGGAAUGCACCCCUAAUGUAUGCUCUGUGGCAAAUACUGUCAAAAAAUUUUCAUGGUUUAAAAAUAUAUUGUGUACAGGUUAAUGAACACGGGUGGAAUAUAUUUGGUUUGUAUUAAUAAAGCUUUUAAGGUUUGAAUAUGAAAUUUAACAAGAUGAAUUAAAAUUAUAAAAAAUAUGAGUGAAGUAGAUGUAUUCAUAAGCAAUUAUACAUUAGUUGAUCCAGAAAUUUAUCAGUUAUGGAUUGACGGACAUACUGCAAGUGAAGCAGUAACUAUUCUCAACAGUAAGGGCUUAGGUCAGAAAACGGGUGCUUCCUUAGAACUCAUUGCUAGUGACGUUUUGGAUCAUUACAGAACUUAUUCCUUACUAGAGAAACUAUUGAAUUACCCUAGUAAACUUCAGGAACAGUUUAUUUUUCAAAUAGAUCCUCAAACUCGUUCAUUUCUGAUUGAAAAGUACUAUGAAUUCGAUGAUGAAGUCAUUCGUGAAGUUUUGGGUAAGAAACUUUCUUCAAAAAAUAGGAAAGACUUAGAUGAAGUAGCAGAGAAGACUGGAAAACCAUUAAAAUCUUGCAGACGACAAUUUGACAAUGUUAAAAGAAUAUUUAAAACUGUCGAAGAACUGCCUGGUAUAACAACAGAUAAUAUAAAAAAUAAUUUUUGCCUACCAGAUGAACUGGCAAAGAAAUAUACUUGUAUAGUAUUCACAGCAUGUAUGCGAUUUGAAACGUCAAAGAAAAAGGUUCAACAAAUGUCGUUUAAUAAUUUUAGAAUCUGUUGUGAAGCUAUGAUUGACAACUGGACUUACCAUCUAAGCGGUACUGAUUAUAAUGAUUUAGAAAUGGAUAGAGAAUUUUUGUUUGAAUUAAGAGAUUUAAAAAUCCUAAUGGAGAAAGAUAAAGAACAUAAGCAGAUCCCAAUUAGUAUCGAUUGCGAACCAGCUGAUAAUGAAUUAAGAUUCAGGAAUUGAUUCUGAAUCAGUUGGUAACCAGUUAAGGAUCGCUGAAAAACGCGAUUACGAACCUGUUCAAGAUAAUUUAUUGGUGCGAGUGUAUUUAAUAAUUAACGGAAUCGUUUUGACCCGCGAAUACAUAACUCUCAUACUAACUACAUAAUACGAACAAAGCUAAUAAAUAAUAUCUAUGGACGCUAGGCUUGAGGUCGUGAAGAAGGAUAAACAAAGUCCGAUAACCACUUAACAUACUACAUCAACAAACUGAUAUACACAAAAAUAUAUCGUUGGCAUAUGUCGCAAACCUAGUAACUCCAUAUCACCAAAGACUGUUUUUUUAAUAAAGGCUGAAAUAGUGGCCAGUUAUCAAAUUGAUGAAAAAUAGUUCAAGUAAAUUAACACGGAGUGCUGUUAGCUACAAACAAAAUGGCAUUCUAAAACUGUGAAGUUUUUUAUUUAGACUUCUAAAUUGUAAGGAAUUUUUUGGAUCUUUAAGGGUUUUUUAUUUUAUAUGCGUUCCGAAAACAUCUAUCUAAUGGUAUCAAAAUUUGAUAAAGAAAAAAAACGGAGCGUCUUAAUCCAACGAUAUACAAAACGUAAAAUUAAGCUGAGUCGAGCGCGAUUCAUGAGCAGUGUAACUCUGUUGAUAUGUAGGCGUUCGAGAACUGCUCGGUUCGCUGUUCCGAGACAGAAAGCUUCUUUACGAUUCAAAACGUCUCGCCUGGGUUCGUGUAAGUGCGUUGGUUUUUCCUAAAACGUAUAUUAGACAUAUCGGAGAGGAUUAAGUUAGUUGCAUGCUAUUAAGGCAUUUUCUACCGAGUCUAAUUCCUCUCCAAGAACUAACCACAUGAGCACUUUCAACUUGAUAUUUGCAGUUCGCACUUUUUAGUAACAGUUCCAUGUUGGUUGUUCACUCGAUUCAGUUUAUUAUAAUUUCCGAUUCGGUUAUAGUAAUUAUCGGAUUUUUGUUUGGACUACAAGUUCCAUUCGGUAUCCUAUGCAACAUAUGAACAUAAGUUACUCAAUCUGAAUCAAAUAAUGUAAAAGUACUCAAUGUAUAAGGAAACGUUUUGUAUUUGAAAGUGGUGUUAUUGAUGCCAUUACGGUCCUAAUUGUUUUUUUACUUCACAUUUUCAGUUGCAUAUUUUUUAUUUUGAUGCUCUUGUACCUCUUGUAGUUUUUGUAUUUACAGAGACUUUUUUGCUUUAAUUGAUGAUUUCUUUUGUAUCCAUCUUUUUUUGAAAAUUUAAUUGUCUUGUUAAUUGGAGAACGUAUGAUUUGAGUAUAAAUGUGAUUAAAACAAAAAUGAGGUUAAGUUUUAAAAAUUAUCAAAUAUUAGUUUAAAAAUAUGUAACAGAAAACUAAUAUGCAUUCAAUUCAAACUAAGAUGAAGUAAUGAACUUUAGAUAGCUCGAGUAAAGCAUAAUUAAGAAAAAUUUAAGCAGUUAUAUUAGUAUAUUGAUAAAUAUAGUACUGAAACGUUCAGGUAAGGUUGCCAUUUGUUAAAGUUUGCAACCAUAGAGUUAAAAUUAAAGAUAGAAUGAGCGAGCGAGGUAUGGUAAUUACUGAUAGAGAGAAAAAGAACAUCGGUAUAUCAUCCUGUAUCUCUACAUAUUCUAUUCUGAUUCGAUCCCCUUGACGUUUAAGUUUCGAGUAGUGGAAAUCGCAAAGAUGGAGUAUAACCAGUUUUGAUUUUAUUGUUGGCGACUAGAGGGAGAUAGAGAGUGGUAAACCGAUGCUCUCUCUCUCUUCCAAUAGUACAAUUCCACUUAUAUGACACUCUUUCUAUCUUCAUUGUUAAAUUUAUGCACAAGAGGCAUAAAAACAGAUUUUUUUGUGAUGAUGACAGUGUAAUAAAAAACAGUUUAAAAUGAGACCUUAAAAUUAAAUUUCGUCGUAUUUUAUCGGUAUUUUAAAUGUAUCUAACAAAACUGAAUCUUAUCAUAGUUUGUUACAAAUUUUUUUAAUAAUUAGAAUGUUUUUAUUCUUAAAAUAAAACUGAAAUUACUAAUAA